AUGUCCGAUAACGAACACACAGCAGAAGUAACAGCAAGCAGUACUUCAGAUUCUCAUGAUGACAGUUACUUUGAUCUCACAGUCCGCUCUUUACCUGUCCCGCCGCCGUUCCUUCUCCUCACCCUUGCGCCGCCCUCUCAUGAGCCGCCUCGAUUGACUCCUUGGGAGAGGGCUAUGCAAGAUGGUGCUUUUACAAACUCAACCUCUCCGGCAGGUUCACCGGACAGAAAGAGAGCCGAGUCUUUAUCCACUUCUGCCCCAAAAUUCGGCGUCGAUCCGCCACGGCCACCUCAGAGACAGGUCACGCCAGCCUCUCCCCGAAAGAGCAACGCCAGUUCAAAUGCGCGCUUCUGGAAAUGGCGUUCACGGUCGGCCAAAUCUGCGAGUGAGGCAGAUGCACUACUCAAUGGGCGUUGUGCCUCUCGAGUGACCUCUGCGACAGGACCAAAAUCGAAACCCGACCUCCCAAAACCUGAUCCGCCGGCCAUUCAUCAAGUGUGGACUCCAUAUCUAUCCGAGUCUGAUCAUGUGUUCUCACUACAACAUCCCACUGCAGAGCCUCUCUCACCUUCUGCUGCUGCAAUGACGCCUUCAAAGUCACAGCAGUCGAGCGAAAGCAUUGUAGUCUCUCCCGGUUUAAAGAGCCGCCGCUUAGUCGACACCCCGAAAAUCACCUCGCCCGAGAGCCAUACUCAAACAACCAUGAAAGCCGGGUUACCAACGCCCUUACUCUCUCCAAGAGUCUUGUAUCUCAAAGCCAAGAAAGAAAUCGAAUCCAAGCUCAAGCAAAAACAGCAUGAGGACUCGUAUAUCCAUUGUACAUCAGAUGCCGGCAAUCAGACAGAUAUCGGGUUAGAAGCUAAGCAUCUAGCCCACGAUGAGGAUUGCCGGACGCGGUCAACGGUUGAAGGUGCCAGAAAAUUCCUCGCCUCUCAGAACAUCAGCAAGACGGGAACAUGGUUUAAAGACGAGUUUCAUACUUCCAAAAUAGGCCGCAAACUAUUUGGAAGAGCCCCAUGGCAUCGAAAGGAAUCUGGGGACUCGUUCACCAGCGUAUCCAGCUCCAUCAGAGCAGUGCUUAAGGGCAAGACACCUCCUGCGAGUCCUGCCACUUUCGGGUUGAGCCAGACGAGUCGCUACAAUCUAUCUCACAGCACAUUUCCCGGAGGGGAGGCCAUUCGAGUCAGCACACCUCCCUUGGAUGAAGAUACAGCCGACGGCAGGCCGCGGGCUUUUUUCACGUCAUUGACACCUCCCACACAAGACGGUGAGACCAACUCCAAGACGGCUUCGCCAUCGAAUCGCUCUGUGAAACGUUUCAGUAUCCACGGUGGCAGCAUAGCAUCGCAGCCUCGCGAGUGGUGGGAGCAGGCACCUCAACGUGGAUCUCGCCGCGACAUACCUGUUACUAUUCGCACUUCAGCCAGCAGAUUCGAAUUCGACGUCCCAGAGCAUUUGCCGUCAAGCCCAAUGUGCCCUGCCAACAAGCGCCACAAGAGCGGCGGCACGGGCGUGUGUGUGUAUCACGGACGGAGAAAGACGAGGUCUGUCCUGAGAGAGGAAAUGAGCAGAGCAGAAGCACCAGAACACUCGUCAGCGGAUAUUGGUUGA